AUGACGUUGCAACCAUUACAAACGGUCUUACACAGCCAGAGCCAAUCCGGAAGAUUAGCGAAGUGGGCGAUCGAGCUCGGAGAAUACGACAUUGAGUACAAGCCACGAACGAGCUCGGAAGCACAAGUACUAGCAGAUUUUAUUAUCGAGCUCGUUCCCAGCAAAACUGACACUGAUGACAAAACCAGGAAAUGGAAACUCCAUGUCGAUGGAGCCUCACCGAAGCAGGGGUCAGGUGUUAGAAUACAGCUUGAAUCCCCAACUGGAGAGGUGAUCGAACAAUCUUUCUGCCUAGGCUUCAACGCGUCAAACAAUGAAGCCGAUUACGAGUCCCUGAUCGCCGGACUACGACUCGUCCAAAGCAUCGGAGCCCGGAAGAUAAGCGCCUUCAGUGACUCACAGCUCGUCACAAGCCAAUUCCACGGCGAGUAUGAGGCUAAAAAUGAAAGGAUGGAAGCCUACCUAGCAAGGGAUCGCGGGAUCGCCAACGGUGAAGACGAUCUCCCGCUGGUCGAGGAAAUCGUCACCCGCAGUAAAUCUAAGGGACACAUCCAAGAAUCCGAGGAGGAGUUACUCGAAGCUCCGCAGAACCAAAGGACUUCAGGCGAGUCCUCUCGGAGAACUCGAUCAGGUGUUGCAAGGACGGCGCCUGCUCGAUCAGUUCCCGAAGAGAUACAUGUUCACGAGGUGAACAACGAAUCACAGAAACCUUUCCAGGACGAGCUCGAGAGCAGGCCGGAUUGGAGAACCCUAAUAUUCAAUUACAUUGAGACCGGGGAACUUCCACCUGAAAGAUGGGAAGCUCGAAAUUUAAAAGCCCGGAGAUCGCGCUAUUGCAUCAUGGAAGGAAAAAUCUUUAAGAGAACCUUCAGUGAGCCGUAUCUAUUAUGCGCAUCGCCAAAAGAAGCUUCGAUCAUUCUCAAGAAAACUCACGACAGAUCAUGCGUUUUCUUGGCAAUCAAAAUAAAAAAGCAUGGUUAUUUCUCGCCAACUAUCAUUAGCGACAGCGAACAGUUCGCAGCAAGGUGUGACAGGUGCCAACAGCAUGCGCCUAUGUUGCAUCAACCAACACAAAAGUUGUCAAUCAUAUAUUCACCGUACCCAUUCAUGAAGUGGUCCAUGGAUAUAGUGGGACCCUUCGUCUCGUCGGGGCCAGCACAGCUUCGAUUCCUUUGGAAGAACAUCGUUUGUCGACAUGGCCUCCCGUACGAAAUAAUCACGGAUAAUGGUUCCCAAUUCAUCUCGAAGGUUAUCAAAGAUUUCUGCGACAAGUGGAAGAUCAAGUUAAAGUUCGCAGGCCCUCGAUACCCAAAGUGUAACGGGCAAGCCGAAGCCACGAACAUAACGAUAGUAAACAACUUAAAGAAGAGACUCGAUCUCAAAAAAUCUAAAUGGAGCGAAGAACUGAACGGAGUGCUCUGGGAGUGCCGAACAACGCCCCAUACAGCAACCCAAGAAACACUGUUCUCUCUAUCGUACGGAAUCGAAGCAGUAAUACCACCCGAGAUCGAGGUCUCGUCUCAGCGACGAGGAAUAUGCCCCGAUAACGUCGAAAUAAACAAAGAAAUGUUGCUCGAAUAUUUGGACAUGAUCGAAGAACGUCGAGAACGAGCUACGGUACGCAUCCAGAAUUACCAGCAAGCCGCUGCUCGUUACUACGAUUCAAAUGUAAGAGGCCGCAGCUUCUCGAUCGACGACCUAGUGCUACGAAAAGUGUUCGAUGGACCAAAAGAAAAUGGCGCAGGGAAAUUAGGAACGAGAUGGGAAGGCCUAAAGUUCGCGGUGGCGUCUACGAACUAG